UCAUUUCAACUAGUCUUUUCCAUAAAUUUCAUAAAGUUACAAUGAAUUUAUCUUCUAAAUUUAUAAUUUUGUUUAACUUACCAAAAUUAUUUUUGGCUUUAACCUACGUACAAUUACAUUGUAACUUUUCUUGUUACAUGCUGAAUUUUUUCAAACAUAAUUCAUUAUAUUUGAAUCAACUCGAAAAUAAAAAUUCUAUUUCACCUGUUAGCUAUGAAAAUCUGAAUAUUUAUGGAGAAGCAUUAAAAACACAUGGAAAAAUUGUUAUGGCAAUGUUAGAUGUUUUACGUUCAAUAAACAUUAAAACAAUGGCUACUGAUUUGAUGUCGAUAAAUUUAUAUUUAAACAAUAUAUCAGGGUCGUUGAAUUUUAUUGCAAAGAAUAAUAAUGGUAAUUUUGAUAGGAAUCCUUUAAGCAUUCUUAUAGGAUAUCGAAUGAUACAUGAAAUGAUGGUUGAACGUCUUAAUAGUUAUAUUAGAGCUAAAUGUAUAAAACUACAAGUCGAUGAAGUUUUUGUAAGAUGCCCUAAUUAUAACACAUCAGGGAAUUUCAAUAUGAAAUCCUUAAAAGAAGUAGCAAAAAAGCUCAAGAAUCGUUUAGACUCUUCAAAUGAGAAUUCAAAGAGAAAUAUUUAUGACCCAUGGUUACAAAAUAGUGAGACUUACAAUAUAUUAGCUUCUGCGCUUUCAUCAAAUACCUACUUGGAUUUUGAUCCAAAAAAAUUACUUUUUUACGAUUUAAUGACACGUCAGAUGAAUAUGGGUGAAAAAAAAAAUCACCUUGGUGUAAUUGAAUAUGAGGAUGCUAUAGAUCAAUUAAGAUUUGCAACAUAUAAAGUCCAAUGCCCAGAUAAGAAUUUUUUGGCAAUUUCAGACGUAUUCAGAUAUAUGACCUAUUGUUUCGAUUCAUACCAAGUUUUCAAAUUUCAUCUACUGAUAACAGCAGCAUCUUUUCAACCUUUGGCCAAAUUAAUACGGAACUAUUUAGUAUUCAUCAAUAAUCUAUUGCACGAUAACUGUACAAAGUUACAAGGGAAAUUUUUAGACGAAUUAAUUACAAUUGGUAAAGUUAUUAUUUUUAAUUUAGAACGUUUUAAUAAGAUACAUAUUUUUAGAGAAAAACAAGCAACAUUAGUUGAAAAAUUGUUUUGUGAAAUAAAAGAAAUUUUUGAGCUAUUUAAUCAUAACAAUGAAAUCAAAAAGCAUGAAUCUUUAAGUAGAAUAACAAAACAAAUUGCCGGAUAUUUAAAACGUAAUAAAUUGGAAUAUUCGAAUGAAAUUAUGUCUCAAAGACCAUGUACAAAUAAUAUACCUGAUGACAUAUUCCAAUACACAGUAAAAGUGUGCAAUCAAGUUACUGCUUACAUAACGGAAUUGGAAAAAUAUGCCAUAUAUUUUGAAAACGCUCAUAAUACUCUUUAUAGUGAAUACAAAAAAACCUCAAGAAAAUAUAACUUGUGUGAUGAUCAAAAUAAGGGUAUUAUUCAUAUGAAAUACGUUUGUAACAACAAUUAUUAUUCUCAAUUAUAUAACAUGGAAAAUGAAACAACGGUUCGUGCGGAAAACUCAACUAUGAAUAUUGAUAAUGAUGAAGAUGACUUCGAAUAUGACGUGCAUCAUCUCAUUUCAGAUCUUUACACUGAUCUCAUUAUUGACGACGCAAAACAUAGUGAUGACCUUACUGAAUUUGAGUAUCAUUUUAACUGGCCUUCGCACAUGAAAGAUUACCUAUUAUUUUUAUAAUCUAAAACUAUCUUAUUAUUACAUUACUUUAUGGAACGACUUUUAGAAGACAAAUCCUUAUCAAAUUACACAAAGUUGUUGCGCUACCAUAUAAUAUUUUUUUUUACAUUCUGCACUUAAGAUGUCUAUCAUAUAAUAAUUUAAAAUUAAAUAAAAAAAAAAUUUAACGAAAAUCAA